UUCCCUCUCUCUCCGUUUCUCCGCUACCUUCUAUCCCCUCUCCUCCCUCUCCUUUGCUGCUCUGCCCUCUGACCCCUCACUUCCUACCACAACCCAGGUGUCCCUCCCGCUGUACGACUCCGCCAGGAUGAGGCGGCUUCUGUCCAAGGCUGUGGUGAUUGCGGCUACCCGCGAUGAUGAGUACCCCUGGAGGCAGAAUGCGCAUUAUAUCCUCCUCAUCCUCAGCUUCUUCCUCUUCCUCUGCUUCAUCCUGGGGAACUACUGGCUCUUUUCUGUUCACCUGCCUGAUUUUAUUCCACCUUUCCAGCAGCCUCGGGAUUACUGUGACAAAAUCCUGUACCUCUUCGCUGUAGGGGUCCAUGUGCUCAGCCACAUCGUGCUAGUCUUACUCGUCCUGUGCAGUGGUUGUAUCUACGUCUGGUUCAGGUGGAGAUCUGUUGUUGAUGAAGACUGAGAACCACCACCUCCAGCACACACGCACACACACAUGCACACAGGUACACACACGGACACAUGCAUGCACAUGCACACAAGUAUGCACACACAGACACAUGGACAUAUACCCACACACACACGCACACGCACAUUGUUGCAGGAGAAGAGCAUGCUGUAAAGGCAAUAAAACCUUCCCUGCAGGCAUUUAAGAAACCACCAAAAUGUGCCAAGUAUUCUAGCAGACUAAAACUCUUGACUUUCAGAGGGGGAAUUUUGAACUCGUAAGAGUUUUCAAGGGAUUUUUUUUUUUUGAGGGGAUGUGGUAAGGGAGGCAAAGAAUGGGUGACCUUUUCAAAUCACAGUGCAAUUCCAAUGAUUGUUACAAGAGCAAGGUUUGUUGUUGUUACUGUUGCUACUGCUAUGUUGUCAUCCAGGGGCACCUUGAAGUUACAGAAAGAGCAUGGACUUUAAAUAAGACUUUACUUGCUAUGAUGGCUUUUGGUAUGAAAAGGAGAAAGGUGCUCUUACUUAAUGACUCCAGCUGCCUUUUAGGAAAGUUAAGGAGUACUCUUUUCCACUCCCAAAUCAUCAGAUGGGUUUGAUCUGACAGGUAAGGGCAUCCUAAAGAGGACUAUAGAAUCUGCCAAGAUCAAGGAAGCAGAUUCCACAUGGCGGCUCUGGGCUGGCCCUCUAGCCUAGUGUCACAGAGAGCAGCCACUCUUUCACAGUGGGCUGUGUGUGGUGCCACUGCAAAUUCUUUGCUUGGCCUCGAGUCUGCUUCUUUCCCUGGUUAUCUGUGUACAUCUCUGUGAUUUGCUGAUGGCAUAAACCAGUUUUGUGUUUUUUUGGCCGGGUUGCACGCGUGUCGUUAAUGUAGAUGCUUUUUGGUCUCUGAGUUUAAAUAUUGCACAGUAGUAAAUCUACUUAAUGCCAGGUUAGGGUUUGGAAGCCUUUUGUCAACCAAUUUGUCUGGAGGGCCAGGAUGACACCCAACAGCGACCACUAACAUCCUCUCUCACUGCUGUUGUGAGAGGAAGUUCCUGGGAGCUGGGGCACCCUGUCAGUGUGUCAGCCCUCGUGGGGGAGCCCCCAUGCUUUAGAGUUUUAGGUGAAGACUCUGUCAUGUGUGUUUCUAGGGGCAGUGCCCAGGGGGAGCGUGGCACCUGCUUAAUUGUGCUUCUAUCUCAGCCACAUGCACAAACCAACCCAAGCGGUCAUCGAUGCCGAGUGGCAUCUCCCUUUAUCAGAAGUGUCAGCUCAAACCGAGAGGCUCACUCCUCUCUGUGGCUUUAAGAGAAAAGGACCAGUGAGUCCCAUGGAGAGUUCCUAUUGAGUUUGAAGGCACUCUCUGGGCAUCUGUCACCUAGAAUCACGUUUGGCCCUGGUUUCUUCCCAGGUAACAAGAUGGUGCUGGCUGCGUCCUCUGGUGGGCAGAGGGGGGAAAGCCCCUAUUCUGCCCU